AUGCCGUCGGUCCACCUCCAUUUGGUGCCAGUACAACCGAAGAAGGCAGUUCUUCAAGUCACAGGAUCUUCCAAAAGUGCACCUGACAUCGUCAUCCCUUCCCUUUUUUACACAAAUGUACUAAUUGCGGACUCUGAUGGACUCCGAUGUCAACAUACACUUCACAUUGUACCCUCCUUUCACUCCUUUCAUCGCCAUUUUGCGAGUAGCGCCUCGCUGGAGACCCAACUUCUUCUCCCUCAACUCAUGCGCGAACAGUUGCCGCUGAAGCAAGAUUGUCAUCCUUUUUGCUUGGCCGAAAGCGCCGGUUGCAUCCACCAACACUUGCUUCAUCAUCAUCGCUUUAUGCUACAAGAUGAAAGAGGAAUUGCCGCAAUCUUUGCUCCAUCCGCCCUGUCCGCCUCUCAGCAUAGCCUCAGGGCCCGCAAUUGA